UCUAACAGUUUUUGUAUAUUGUGUAUGGAUAUUGGAACCUCAUUCUCUGGCUAUUCUUGUCCUUGGUUCUUCUUAUUUUGGUGUCAUUGAUAGUUGCAGAUUGAACGGUUAUUAAAUUUUGUGUCUAUAUGGUAUGUCGAUGUAUUCACGCCUACAUUGGAUUUGUUGUGAAGAAUGUCGACAUAGUCACGCGUACAUAGGCUUUGUUGUGAAGAAUGUCGACAUAGUCACGCCUAUAUAGGAUUCAGUGGGAAGGCUGUCGACAUAUACACGCCUAUACGAGAUUUAAAGCUUCGCUGGUAAUUUCCUGUGGUGUGCUUGCGAUUUCUUCGAAAGUUAAAGUCCAAGUGCCUCUGGUGUACUUGCGAUGUUUUCCAAAUCUAAUAAAAGUCCAAGCUCAGUACAAAUGCGUCGAUGUUGCGUGAUUUGUGUUACGCUUGCCUUGGGUAGUGAUGCUGUCUCUGAUGGUGCAAUUCUAUUUAUUACUGCUGUUGUUUGCUUAGCUAUCGACUGGUUGUGUUGCUGGUUACUUUGCUGCUGAUUCAGGAUGAACUAUAACAAUAAACUAGACUAUGUAUAACUUCAUCUCGAAUUCGUGCAGUGGAUACGAGUCUCAUUGUAUACUGAGAUGGCAUCGUUUGUGGGAACUUAACUUCUAUGCACCUGCUGAUAUUUAUUUCUUGAACACGGUCCCGACUCAAUUUAUGCUGUUCAGCAUGAAGUUCUUUGAAGACGUCAUUUUUGCCUCCAAAAUAAUAUUUCCAACGGUUGAUGAUUUUCCACUGGAUUGCAAAAUUGAUAAUAAUACCUGGGGUCUUUGCGUGAACAUUAAAAGUUGUGCUACAGCUUUGACUGUACCAAACAGUGAAGUGAAAACAUGCUACUUUUUGCAGUCAGAACAAUUUGUUUGCUGCAAAGAUUUUGGAGGGGAUGAAUUGAAAACAGAAAGAAAAUAUAGAGCUUUAAAAGAGUGCGAAGACUUUUAUCCGGACGCAGAUUAUGUUCUUCGUGGUACGCAAACCAAACCCAAGGAGUUCCCAUACAUGGUAGCACUUGGCUGGAAAUCAAAUGAAGGUAACAGUACAGAUUAUAGAUGCGGAGGAGUCUUAAUCUCAUCUGAAUUCGUUCUAACUGCGGCACAUUGUACUGAAUUUAAUGGUCGUCCGCCAUCAGUGGUUGUGCUUGGUGGUGUAAAUUUAAGUGAGGAUGAUUAUACAAAAUACAAUAUCACUAAAGUAAUAUUGCAUCCUUUAUAUGAUCCGGAAUUUUCUUACAAUGAUAUAGCAUUGUUAAAAAUAAAAAAAGAAAAACAUGAUAUUCAUCCAAUUGCUUGUCUUUGGACUUCUUCCGACAUUAAUGUGGACACUGUGACUGUGAUCGGGUAUGGAAAUACACGCUUUGUUGGAUCUCAAUCUCCACAUCUCUUAAAGGCAGACUUAGAUAUUAUACCAAAUAAGGAUUGCCAAAGUUUUUAUAUAGAUGAAGACAACUUACCAAAAGGUAUUCUUGAUCAACAAAUUUGUGCGAAAGACCCUGAAAAUAAACAAGAUGCUUGUCAGGGUGAUUCUGGUGGUCCGCUUAUAACAAAAGUGCGACGGAUGGUGGUUGUACGACCUUUUACAUUUGGUAUAACUUCCGUUGGACAAGGUUGUGGUGGUCAGACGCCUGGUGUCUAUAUGCGCGUGUCAGAGUUCGUUGAUUGGAUUGCAGCAAUUGUAUGGUCAAAUUUAGAUAACGUAAAUAUGAUUAUUACCGAAUAUAGUCAAAUAUAAUAGAU